AUGGGGAUUAAAAGAAUUAAAAAAAAAUUAAAGAAAAAAUUCCGUGAAGAUGGUUUAGAAUUGCCUUCAAUAUUAUUAGAAGAAGACCUAGAUGAAAACGGUGAAUUAUAAAAAGAACAACAAUUAAACUAAGAAACAGAAAUAACUUAAAAAUAAAUCUUAAAAAGCUAAGAUUCCGAAACCCAUAUAUGCAAUGAAGUCGUUUAAGAAGAAGAUGAAUAAGAAGAAUACCGAGAAUAAAAUAUUGAUCUUUAAUAGAUCAGAGACAAACUAAAAAUAUAAUAAAAAACCGGCGAAAAAAGUACCAGUAGUGUUGGCUCUGAAGAAGAGGAAUUUGAUGAAAAAGAAUUAAAAAAAAGAGUUUAAAUAAUAAAUCAAAGCGAAAUAUAAAAAACUGGCCGCUUAUAACCUGAAUCUAGUGAAUAGGAAAAUUAUCCAAAAUUUUUUCAGUAUAAUAAUUAUUACUAAGAAACAGAAAAUUAACCCGAAUUAGAAGAAGAAGAAGAAGAGGAAGAAGAAAAUUCAUAAGAUUCCUAAUAAAAUAAAAAUAUAACCAAAAAUAUAAAUGAUAAUGAAAGUAAUUCUUUAAUAGAUAAUGAACUUGAAUUUUUCUAAAGCGAGCGUAUUAUAAGAAACUUAAAAAUUGACUGUUUUUAAUCAUUCAUAUAUAAUGAUGUAUCGUUUCAUGAUAAAUAGCUUUCUGGUAAACUUGUAAGCAGAUUAAGUUCUGAUAUAUUGACUCUUAAAUCUGCUGUAUCAGGAAAUAUAUCAACUUCAUUAAGAAAUAUAUUAGUAUGUUUAGGAAAUGUAAUAAUGUUGUUUUUAAUUAGUCCUUCUUUAUUUUUUAUUCUUUCGGUUGUUGUUCCUAUUUUUUUAGUAACUUCCGGAGUUUAUGGAAAAUAUCUUAAGUAAUUAACAAAAAAAUACUAAGAUUAUUGUGCAAAAACUAAUGCUAAUGCCUAAGAAUGCUUUUAAAAUAUUAAAACAAUUAAAGCAUUUUGUACCGAAAAUAAAGAAGUCUCUAAAUUUGCCACUACAAUUUAAAAACUAUAUUAAAUAGGUUAUAAAAAAAGCAUAUCUUGUGGUCUUUAUAAUGGAAUUAAUUCUCUAGUCAGUAAUUUGGCUACCUUAGGUGUUUUAUGGUAUGGAGGUUAUUUAGUAUUAUCUGUGAACAAUUUAACUUCAGGACAAUUAGUUUCAGUAAUUCUAUAUACAGGUUCUUUAGCAAGUUCAACCUCAUCAAUCUCCUCUUCUUUCACAAAAAUAGUCACUGCUUCAGGAGCUACUACUAAGUUAUUUAAAUUAAUGGACAAGAAACCCAAAAUGCGUUUAUAAGGAGGAUUAGUAUAUGAUUUUGUUGGAAGAAUUUAAUUCAAUUAAGUCGCAUUUUAUUAUAAAUAUUAAAAAAAUAUAAAAGUAUUAGAAAACUUCAACCUAUAAAUAAACCCUGGAGAACGCAUAGCCCUCGUAGGUCCUAGUGGUAGUGGAAAAUCAACCAUAAUUAGACUAAUUGAGCGCUUUUACGAUGCCAAACAAGGCACAAUAACGAAUCGAUGGGCACAAUAUUAAAGACAUUGA